GCGGGAAACAUGGCGUCAGUCUCGCUCAGUCGGCAAGCGUGUGCGCACGCUGCCCGGCCUUUUAGGUUAGAAUUGGCGGGUUUUGUUCGCCAGGUGCUAUCGCCGCCCCCGCUCGUAUCCCCCUCUCGCUCACCGACAGCUGUUUCGUCUCGGGAGAUUAGUCAGAUGUUCUGAACCAGUCGCGCUCACCUGACAUCGACUAUGGCAGCGGGCGGACGCACACCGAAACAGCGGAGAUUGGAAAUGUCCUCGAUAUUGAGGAAUGCGAAUGCAACUAGAAGAAGGCGCGGGAGCUGCAAGUGUCUGUUCGGAGCCCCGGACAGGGAUGAAACGAGGCGUCUCAUGGCUGAGCAGUAUGCAAGAGAUAGGAAGCGAUUCAUCAAGCGGUUUAACUUCGAUGUCGAGACAGAGUGCUCUUAUAAGGCCGGGAAAUUGGAUUCGCCUGUGAAAUUCUGUGAAGAUAAGGAGAAUGAAAGUCCAAGGACAGGUGCUGAGGCUUUAGCGUGUGUUGAGAACACUGAUCUGCGACUGGGUUCGCCGUCGCGAAGGAGUGGCAGCUCGCCUAGGACUCCGACCAGGACUCCUAGGACCCCUAGGACUCCAAGGGCGUCAAGAACUCCACGAACGCCGCGAACACCAGCCUCCAGACGACAGCUGCAAAUGACAGAUUACUGGACGCUGAGAAAACACGGUGAUUCAGCUUCAAGCGACAAAGAGAAUUAGUUAAUGUAUAGUUAUAUGAUCUAAAUUAUUAAAGAGAAGCAAUUUAUCGAAAUAUUUAAUAUUAUUAUAAGUAUAGCUUCAAAUUUUUGUAUUACAUUUAGUUCGGUCGUCCUGGACCGCGACGUGUGUUCCUUUUAUAAAUGUACCAUAGAUGAUAAAUAUUAAAAAAAAAAAAUCAGAAAAAAUCUAGAUUUUUCUAUGUAAAAUACAACAAUAAUGUAGUAUCUAGUCUAUGAUCUCUGCAAUAAGUUUUUUUUUUUUUUUUUUAAAUAAAUGAAAUUGUGUAAAAGCUUCCUAAUAAUCACGUUGAUGAUAAAAUAGUUAUAGGUAAUGGAAUAGAUCGAUUUAAUUUUUUUAAGUAUAUUUUUAAUCAACUUCGGGUUAACGCAGUUCACGUUAAAUAUCAAAGCAAUCCACCGCAUCUAACCACCGAUUAAAUAUUUCAUUAAGAAUAUAUAUUAACACGUUUCUUUAUCGACUCUAAAUAUACAUUUGUAUAGAGAAUUGUUAUACGCUUUAUAAUAUAAGCCUAAUAUUA